AUGCAAUUUGUGAAAGUGUUUGACAACCACAAAAAAGCUAUUGUUAAGUUGGUUGUGAAUGAACAUAGCAAAAUUAAUUACAAUUAUUUUCGUAGAACAUUUCCCGAUGCAGUUGGAUUAAUUGAGAUGAAUGAAAGCGGUUGUUUUAGUAUACCAUUUGAUAAAGAUGACAAUUUUGUUUGGAAUUGGAAUGAUAAUGUUGUUUAUGAUCUCAUUUAUUCUGAUCCACGUAAUGAUAGGCUUUUCGCGUCAACAUCAUCACCACAACCACCACCACCCACACCCACAGCCUCACACACAACAACAACAACAACAUUUAAGGAUAAAAUUUGGACAUGGAUGGGAGUAACUGGCGGAUUAUUUUCAUCUACAAAACCACUUGACCAAUAUAAAAAAUUUAAUUAA